AUGAAGGAGUUCCCUUGGAAACAGUUAUGACGUAAAUCACGCGCAUGGCAUAAAGGUUUAUGGGUUGCUAGAAAUGGUAUAAAUUUGUGUGAUUGUAGUUUCUGCGGGUUGCUUUUAUCUUAUUGAAUUGAGUUGUUUUGUUAUGAUUGUAAUAUUCCAUGCCGUAAGUUUAUAGUUGUUUUUUUUUAAGUUAUUUAUUAUAGAACGAACUUGUCCGCCCGGCGAUAGGGAAGUUUUGUAGCCAUGAGCCUGGCCGGGCGGGUAAUAAUGACAGUGACAGCAACGUUAUGUGCAUUCCUUGGACCAAUGGCAGGAAAUGUUAUUCCAAAUUCAGGAUAUGUGCCACUUGAAGGAAGAGUUUCCAACAUUUAUAGGGAAAGUACACCCAAGCAGAUAACAUAUUAUCCAUAUAAAGCAUUGCAAGUUGAUAAGAAUGCUUCACCUGGAAAUAGCUAUCCUCAAUAUUCAUACAUGAUGGUUAGGCCAAGUUUGCAGAGGAAUACAUUUAAAACUAAUGACUUGAGGAAGCCACAUAAAAAAGAGAAUUAUAUUGGAACUGACGAUGGAAUAUCACACCAAUGGAAAUUGUUACCCAGAAGUAACAGCAUCAGUACUAUAAAGUCUGGUAAUUUUUGGAAAGAUCAUGUUGUUCAACACACAUCUAUGAAGGUCUAUCCAUCAAAAAGAGUUUCUGAUGUUGAACAGGAGGAAUAUCUUGAUAAAACAGGUGUGUUGGGCAAAAACAUAGACCAGGCAUCUUCCCAACAUGAAAAAUUGGCUUAUCUUUCUCCAAAGGUUUCUCAGCUCCAGAAAGAUGAAUUCUAUAUUCAACACAAAUCCAAAGAAUCUAGUAAACCCCAUGCCAUGUCUCACCAUCAUCCAAUUUUGAAACAAAAUGCAAAGUCUUCAGUUAAUGAUGUAUACUUUGUAGCAAUUGUAGCAGGAUGCACUGCAGCUGCUAUUUUUGGAGUGAUUGCUAGUGGUAUAUGUUUCUAUAGGUUUAAAAAAAAAGCAAGGCAGCUAGUGAUGUGGAAUACCCAGCAUAUGGAGUGAUAGGCCCAGGGAACAAAGAGAAGUCAUCCCCUAAUGGUGACAAUAAGCUGGCCCAUAGUGCACAGAUGUAUCACUACCAGCAUCAAAAACAACAAAUAAUAGCUCUAGAGAAGGUGAAUUCUUGUCGACUUGCGUCAUCUUCAGAUGUCGAAUCGGAAGAAGAAGAAAACAACGAGGCUGAUUAUACUGUCUACGAAUGUCCUGGUUUGGCCCUGACUGGUGAGAUGGAGGUUCAGAAUCCACUUUUUAUAGAUGAAUCAGAACAGGCUUUGCCUCAGCUACCAAAGGAAAACGGCAAGUGACUGUCUUCACAAUAGGUUUUGGAUGUAAAUACUUGUUGUUCUGUUGGUUUUCAGCUUAUGAUUCUACAUUCCUAAAAACUAGCCAGAUAAUAAAAUGAAAAAAAAAUGGUGACUGUUAUCAGUUUUACUACUGAAGGUUUUUGCUACCCAUUUCUGCUACUCCUAUUCUUGAAUGUGUGUUCUUAUAUUGUGCUGUGAGUUAUUCCUGCCAAUUGAAUUAUUCUUAUAAAGUAUGUGUUCUUUUAUGAAGAAAAUGGUAAGAGAAAAGAAAAAAAAGAACAGAGUUGAAGGAAUAAACAGGAAAUGCACACGUGUAAUCCAAACAUUUCAUAAGACAAAGAUAUGUAAUGUUGAAAAAUAAUUUGUAAUGUUUUACAGCAGGUGUUAUAUUAAGACUGUUGUCAUACUUUGUAUUCUUUACAAUACUAAACUAUAUGUAUAACAUUAGAACUGUUUCUGCAUGUGUAGCUAAUCACCCCCACUUUGCAACUCAUUCCUACACCACUGAUAUAUGAUAUUAAAAAGAAGACAUACAUAAUGUAUUUUCAGAAAAUAAAUUUUUGGUUGUUAUGAUAAUAGUUCUUCAUAAAAUUGUUGCUUCCGUAAAUAUAGAUUAAUAAGAAUGAUAUGAUAGCAAAAAAACUAGAGAGAAGUUAAGCAUUUAACUCUUAUUUGUUUUUGUAAAUGUGUGAACUUCAUUUUACACAUGUUAAAUAGAUAAUUGUUACUUUCCGAAAGUUAACAAUGGACAACACUUUACUGUUAUUGCCAGGUUUUUCUGUCGAAAAAUCUGGCAGUCAAUAUCAUUCUUACAUUUUAUGAAAUUUUGAAGCUGUUUGUGUUAAUAUUGCUGAUAAAAGUUAAUACUGAGAUUGUAAUUUAUAAUCAAGAGGGGGGGGGGGAUCAGUGGUAUACUUCCCACCCUUGAAACUAACAUUCAGCAACAUGCUUCAUAAAUAUGACACUUUACAUUUAAAUCAUUGCCUUUCAUGUUUAGCAUUUCUAUAUAGGUUUAUGAAUUAUUUUCAAUUUCUCUAAAGCUUCAAAAUCAUUCUCAAUCUCAGUGAUUUCCAGUGGUAAAUACAGUUUAAGCUACUAUUGGUUGAAAGUAGUGUGUGAAUUUAACAAUAACUUUUAGUGAUACUAAAAUUAAUACUCAAUGUAAGAAAGUUUAUUUUCUUAAUUGUCAUUGUAAGUGCAUUUCACCUCAGUCUGUUGCUUUUUUUCUACUUGUCAAAGAAAGUGUAUUUUUUAAUUCUAGAAACUGUGAUAGUGUUUAAAAAUAUUAAUUUAACUGCUUUUGAAGUAAAGAUAUGUUAAUGAUUUAGUCUGUUAUGGGCUCUGAGGAAUAAGCAGAAACAUUUUUAUGCUUCUGUUGUAAUCUGUUGAACUGCAGUAUGAUGUAUUUAGUUUUGUAUAUUUGUGAAUAUAUUGCUUAUUGGUUUCUCAGUUUUGCUAUAAUUGAAAAUUUAUUAAACCAGUAAGUAACAAUGUUACACUCAACAAUUGAAUAUUUUACCAUUAUGAUGCUUUAAUACUCAGAUCUUGCUUGUGAAUGUAUAAAAGCUUCACCCUUUUAUUUUAUUAUUUGUUACUGUAAAUUAAAGAAAAAUAUUCUAGUUAUAAAAAUAGACAUGCAUGAUUUGUUGAAUGAAUGAGAUCUAGAUUGCAUAAAUCUAUAAAGUGAUUGUUAUUGUAUAUAUAUACGCUGUGGGAGUGUUAAAUCAUAAAAAAUAAGCCUCCUUUAUUUAUUUACUUAUUUUACUGAAAUAGGCUUUUUCAUAAUAGUUAACCUUCCAUAACUGUUUUUUUUAUGUUGCUUUGUAAAAAUUAUAAAAAUACUAUCACUUCAUAAAAAAACAAAUCAUUAAAACAGAUUUGUGUAAGGAGAAUUAUACUUACAUUUGCAUAUAGAUAUGUUAUUUCAUUUUCUGUGUCUUAAAGUUUUUCUUACUUGUUUAUCUUCGUAUUUGUGCUUUAAUGAAAAAUUGUGAUAUUUUGUCUACACCAUACAUCAAUGGCAUAGAUCACCAAAACUUUCUCAUGGAAAUGUUUUAAGUUACAAGGUAAAAUUUAAUAUUAAAGUUCACUAAUAAUGUUUCCACCUCAGAGUUUUAGCAAGUCCUUUAUAAGCUUCUAGCAAGAAAUAUCCAAUGAUUUUUUUUUUUCAAGUACAUUCACCACUGCUGAUAAGGUCUUUUUAGUAUAUACAUAAUUUAUUAAGCUGUUCUAGCUAAUAAGAGCAGAAAAAUAUAUAAACUAGCUGUCAAGACUGCUCAAUAAUGUAGGAUAAAUCUCCUAGAAACCUUAUUCCAUAGUGAUUUAUUGAACACAGUUUUAAUUUUCAUUGGUCAUUCCAUUUUGAGUUUACUGAAAUUCUUGCAGUUUGUAACCUUCAUUAAACCUUGUGCAUAAAAUGCCAAUAUUUUUGUACAAAAACUAACUAAUUAAUCAGUGCUUUAUUAAAACUUUUUUUUAUACCUCUUGUUUAUGAUUCACUGUGUUGAUAUUUAUCUGUUUGAAGACACUGAUCAUUGCUACAUAUGCAUGAAAAUUCUGUAAUGAAAUGGUAAAGAUUGAGAUUCCAAUUCUGCUUUACAAUAUUAAGUGUUUCACUAAUGGACUUUGUUUGAUUCGUUGCUUAUGAGUAUUUUUGUGAAUAAUUACAAUGUAUAGCUUAUUAUUUUAGUCUCUGAUUUACAAAGGAAUUUUACUUUGUUACCAUUAUUUGAAACUUUUAUGUUUCUAUAUUAUGUUUGAAUUAGAAAAUCUCUCAUUAAUAUGGAUAAUUCUGUAAAUGUACGUUAUAACAAUAUAAUUCAGCUUGUAAUGCAAUAGUUUUUGCAUGGUAACCUGUAUAAGUAUGAUUUUUUUUUUAAAUUGGAGAAUUCAACAAAGUAACUAUGUGAGUUAAUAAUAUCUCGCAUUCUGUACCUUCUAAUGUCUUGGCAUAGCCUGGUGGUUAGAGCACUUAACAUUCAAUCAGUGGGUCACAGGUUCAAAUCCCAUUACUAAGAACCUUCAUCCUUUCAGCUGUAUGGGCAUUAUAAUGUUAUGGCCAAUUCCACUACUUGAUUAUAGUAGCCCAAGAGUUGGUGGUGAAUGUUGUUGACUAGCUGUCUUCUCUCUAGUCUAUUGCUUCAAAAGUAGAAAUAACUAGUGCAGGUAGCCCUUAAACAGCUUUGUGCAAAAUCCAACAAACAUCCUCUAGCAGGUAACUACUCAUCCUUGAAACCUAUAUCUGAUGACGACUGUAACAAACAAGAGACAGCUAUAUUGAAACACAAGAUAUUUUCUUGUGCUUUUAUUGAAUUAUAGCCAAAUAUCUAUGGUUUGAGUUUCAAGAAAACUGUGAUUCUGUGUAUUCUCAUAUAAAAUUUGUUCUACUUCUGACUCAGCAUAACAUAUUACAUAAUUGUGGAUUGUUUAAACAAUCUGUUAUACGCCAAUGCCACUAUUGUUCUGUAAUAUCAGGUUUGUUUUGUUUUUUUAAUUAUUAUUUGGUUUAAGCAGUAUGGUAUGUAACUAGCACAGGACUAUGAUUAUUUUAGUGAUAUGUUGGUCUAUGCCUUGAACUAGUAGCUUGUGUAGUUUAUAGAUGAGUGUAAAAGAUAGGUUUUCUUCUACCUGAAUAAGGUAAACAUUUUUUGUGUAUUGUGAUUACUAUCAAAAAUGAGACUAAUCUGUUUGUCUGUAUUUACAAAAUAUUCCAACAAAAAAAAAGUUGUUUUAUAGAAAUGUUUUUUUUGUAAAAUAAAACUUACUCCUUAGCUAGAGGUCCCUUGGAAAGACAGCAGUAAGUUUAUGGCCUUACAAUGCUAAAAUUGGGGUUUGAUUCCCUUUAGUAGACACAGCAGAUGGCCCAAUGUUGCUUUGCUCUAAACACACAACCAACAACCUUAGCUAGAUGAUCUGGAGCUUAUUUCAAGUGAUAAAUUUUUAUUCCCAAGUCACUCAUUUCAAGUAGUCACAUUCAUUCAAUAAAGUCUACUGGAAGGUCACUGAAAUGGUUACAUUUAGUUAUUAUAGCUAAUUUCUAAGAAUUAGAAUAGUGAAUUAAAUCAGUAAUAGAUAAGAUAUUAUAAAAUGAUGAAGUAAGGUAAUACAUGAAACAUUUAUAGGUAAUUACUGUUUUGGUCUUCAAAACAAGUAUACUUAUUUGAUGUUACAUUUUUGUAAGUCUUUAUUCUCAGUAGUUUGAAAGUACUGUUCACAUUAUUGUUAUAUUAAUGUUGCAUAAUUAUGAUGUUUAUGCAAUAUAAAAUAUAAUUAAUCAUGACAAUUAAAAAAUGACAGAAUAUUUUUGGCAAAAGUUAUUUUCAUCACUUACUGGUAUUUAUUUACAAUAUUACUAAAAUAUUAUGAAAUUAUUAUUAUUAUAGGUAUUAGUUUUGUUGUUUGCUAAGUGAAAAUACUGUUAUUAAUGGCUUGCAAACAUCCAUGUAAAUGAAUAAUAAGUGUGAUAUGUCAUAAGAAGACUGGUAUUAAUUUUAACCCAUAAUAUCAUUCUAUAUAUAUUAUUGAAUAAAAAAUUAUCUUAGAUGGCAGCAUGAAAAAAAAAUUGGGUGAAAUUAUAUUAAGCUUAUUUCUGGGCUGAUUUUAUGUAGUUUUAAUGUGAUUCAAAGUUACUGUGUUAAUUAACAAGGUAGUAGAAAACUGGAUUAUUGCAGUAAGAAAUAAAAGAAAUAGAAAUAAAAAAAGAAUGUUGUGAUUUCAAUAUCUAUUACCGUAUUUUCAUAUAAUAUCAUACCUAUUGAGGGAUUAAUCAUGACUUCCUAGCUGGGUAUGUGAACAUUUGUAUAUAAAACUUGUUGUGGGUGAUGCAGUUUGAUAAAUUUAUUAAGCAUGUGUUUGUUAUAUACAAGAUCAGAAAGUUUUUGGAAAGUACUAAGAGUUUAUAGAGACAUAAAUGUCUAUAUAUAUAUAUGUGUAAACCUUAUUACAAAUUUUCUUUUUAAUAUGGCUACAUUUUAAAAAUUUAUGAAGUGUGAUGCUUUCAGAAGUUUGUAUUUUACCUUUUCUAGAAUUAAUUUAUGUGUGGCUAUCUCAAUAUAAAUAAAUGUAUAUGUAUUCUUUCAACUUGCUAAAAUAAUCACAAAAGUACAUUGUAUAAAUGAUGUGUCAUUUUUUGUCAGGAACAGCUGUGAUGUACAAACUUUCAGUAUUUUCCCAAUGUUAAUAAAGAUUAGUUGUUUAUAUAUUUA